AUGUCAUAUAAUAACUCUUCAUCUUCAAGCAGGGGUGGAUACGAUGGUUACAAUAGCUCCAGUAGGGGCGGUGGCUCAAGUGGUGGCCGCUCAGGUGAUGGCUACAGCAGUGGUGGUCGUGAUAACUAUGGCAGCAGCGGCAGUGGCAGUGGCAGUGGCCGUGACGGUUCAUCUUCAUACUCAAGCAGCAGCCGUUCAGGCGGUGAUCACUACAGCAGCAACAGCAGCACUACCACCACUGGAGGCGGCAGCAGCAGCCGCGGUGGUGACAGCAGAGACUACAGAGACUCGUACGGUGGUGGCUCAUCAUCAUCGUCCUCAUACCGUCCAUCCGACUCAUCCAGAGACUCGCGCGGAGGUGGUAGCAGCGGCUACAGCAGCAGUCGCGACUCUGGCAGUUACCGUCCAUCGGAUAGCAGCAGCGGCGGCAGCAGCUACCGUCCCAGCGACAACUACUCCAGCACCAGCAGCAGUACCAACGGUGGUGGCCACUCAUCAUCGUCCUCUUCCAACCCUGUGUCCUACCAGCCACAAUAUAACAUUACGGCUCCGCCACCCUCAUCGUCGUCGUCGUCCGCGUCAAGCAUCGUUGCCCCACCACCCGCCUACGGCUACAGCAACUACAACUCCUCGUCGUCGUCGGGAGGUGGCGGCGGCGGCAGUGGCAGCGGCACCACUGGCUCAUACAACCAAUCUGGCGGCGGCUACUCUAGCUCCUCGUCGUCCAACGGCGGAGGCUAUCAAUCAAGCUACUCCUCAGCACCAUCGUCUGGCAUGGGCUCAUCAUCAUCGUCGUCCUACCGUCCAUCAACCUCAACAUACGGCAGCUCAAACAAUGGCUACUCUGGCAACUCCAACUCAUCCUCCACAUCCUAUGGUGGCGGCAGCACUUACUCUGGCAUCGCGCCAAUUGGCUCGUCUUCAUACGGCGGCUCAUCUUCCUAUGGCUCCGGAUCAUACGGCUCAUCAUCCUAUGGUGGCGGCGGCGGUGGUGGUGGUGGUUCAUCCUAUGGCUCCUCAUCCUACGGCUCGUCGGCCUACCGUGGCGGCGGUGGCGGUGGCGGUGGUGGCUACGGCGGCGGUGGUGGCUUCGGUGGUGGAGGAGACUCACUCGGCGCCAACCUCGACCCAAUCAACUGGGAGCAGACCACUCUGACCAAGUUUGAGAAGAACUUCUACAAGGAGGACAACGACGUUGCUGGCAUGACUGGCAAGGACAUCGAGGAAUACAGACAAACUGUAGCCAUGUCAGUGCACGGCAAGGAAGUCCCCAACCCCAUCAUCACGUUCAACCAGUCCCAAUACCCCCCAUAUAUCAUGAAGGAGAUCUUGAACGCCGGAUUCACGGCGCCCACACCCAUCCAGGCCCAGUCAUGGCCCAUUGCACUCAAGGGACGAGACAUGAUAGGUCUGGCCGAGACUGGCUCAGGCAAGACCCUUGCCUUCCUCUUGCCAGCGAUCGUUCACAUCAACGCCCAACCACUGCUUCAAUACAACGAUGGACCAAUCUGUUUGGUGCUGGCGCCAACUCGUGAGCUGGCGCUCCAGAUCCAGGCCGAGUGUGACAAGUUUGGCUCGAGCUCCAAGCUCAAGAACUGCUGCGUGUACGGUGGUGUUCCCAAGUACCAGCAGUCGCAGCAGCUGCGCAGUGGAGUGGAGAUUGUCAUUGCCACACCAGGCCGUCUGAUCGAUUUCCUCGAGUCCAAGAAGACCAACCUGCGUCGUGUCACCUACCUGGUGCUGGACGAGGCUGAUCGUAUGCUGGACAUGGGUUUCGAGAUCCAGAUCAGAAAGAUCCUCAGCCAGAUCCGUCCCGACCGUCAAACAUUGAUGUUCUCUGCCACAUGGCCCAAGAGCGUCCAAUCCCUCGCCAACGACUUCCUCGUCGACCCAAUCCAAAUCAAGAUUGGCUCUGCUGAGCUGUCUGCCAACCACAACGUCACUCAAAUCAUUGAGGUCUGUGAGAAGGAGGAGAAGCAAAUGAAGAUGUUCCAGUUCUUGGGUACCAUUGGUAACUCGGCCAAGGCCAUCAUUUUCUGUGAGACCAAGAGUGGAGUGAACAACCUGCAGCGCAGCAUGCAACAGUAUGGCUUCAAGUGCAUUGGCAUUCAUGGUGACAAGUCUCAGAACGAGAGAGACUACUCCCUGCAACAAUUCAAGGCCGGCAACAUCCAGUUGCUCAUUGCUACCGACGUGGCAUCACGUGGUCUAGGUAAGUAA